UUGUGCUCACGAGAAACUAUUUGCCUUAAAACUUUCCUGGGAAAUCGCUCGAUCUUCAUCUAGCGAUCCAUCCACUUUCAGCAUUCUAGAUGCUCCAAUCUCUCUUCUUUAAUCAAUUCCCUUUUCUCUCUUUACUUUCUUCAUUUCUCAGCUCUCUCUAUCGACCCAAUUAGAGCCCCAAUCGAAGAGGGUCAUUACUCAUUAGAAGAAGAAGAAGAAUCUCUCAUUUUUCUGUUUUCAAUCUUCUGUGCGGAGAUUUCAUCGAUCCGUGAAUUGGGUUGUAAUGGGUAAGGCAGUUGUGUGCGCUGUGGUCGUAUCCGCGGCUGUUGUCUGUGCAGCGACGGUGCUAGUGAUGCGGCACCGCAUGCGGAGCACCGGUAGGUGGACCAAAGCGUUAACGAUUUUGAAGGAUCUAGAAGAGAAAUGCAAGACUCCUAUCGGGAAGCUAAGACAGGUUGCUGAUGCUAUGACGGUUGAGAUGCACGCUGGUCUCGCAUCUGAAGGCGGUAGCAAGUUACAGAUGCUUAUCAGCUACGUUGAUAAUCUACCCACAGGUGAUGAGAAAGGUUGGUUUUAUGCAUUGGAUCUUGGUGGUACAAACUUUCGAGUUUUACGUGUGCAUUUGGGUGGGAAAUUGAAGGGUGUUAUUAAACAAGAAUUUGAAGAAGUUUCAAUUCCUCCACAUCUGAUGGUUGGCAUUGCAGAUGCAUUAUUCGACUUCAUAGCCGAUGCGCUACUUAAAUUUGUUGCUACAGAAACCGAAAGUUUCCAUCUUCCUGCUGGUAGACAAAGGGAGCUAGGUUUUACCUUUUCAUUCCCAGUUAAGCAGACUUCCAUUUCUUCAGGGACUCUUAUCAAAUGGACCAAAGGUUUCUCAAUAGAAGACGCGAUUGGCCAAGAUGUUGUAGCUGAAUUAACAAAAGCCUUGGACCGAGUUGGCCUUGAUAUGCGUGUGUCUGCCCUGGUGAAUGAUACGAUCGGUACACUAGCAGGCGGAAGAUACUACCACCCGGAUGUCAUAGCUGCUGUUAUUUUGGGAACAGGAACAAAUGCAGCCUAUGUUGAGAGGGCUCAAGCAAUUCCUAAAUGGCAUGGUUUGCUCUCUAAAUCAGGAGAAAUGGUUAUUAACAUGGAGUGGGGUAACUUCCGAUCAUCGCAUCUUCCAUUAACCGAUUAUGAUUUUGCACUCGAUAACGAGAGUUUGAAUCCGGGUGAACAGAUUUUUGAGAAGAUCAUUUCUGGAAUGUAUUUGGGAGAAAUACUUCGAAGAGUGCUCCUAAGGUUGGCUGAAGAAGCAGUUUUUUUUGGUGAUGAAGUUCCUCCAAAAUUGAGAACUCCAUUUAUCUUGAGAACUCCCGAAAUGUCUGCAAUGCAUCAUGACUUUUCUCCUGAUCUUAAGAUUGUCGCAACCAAGCUAAAGGAUAUCUUUGAGAUAUCAAACACCUCACUAAAAACAAGGAAAAUAAUCAUUGAGCUCUGCGACACCAUCGCAAUUCGUGGUGCCCGCCUCGCUGCAGCUGGAAUCUUCGGGAUCCUGAAGAAACUUGGGAGAGAUACCCUGAAAGUUGGCGAAAGCCAGAGAUCAGUUGUAGCCUUAGACGGGGGACUAUUUGAACACUAUGGGAAAUUCAGUCUUUCGAUGGAAAAUACCCUAAAGGAAUUGCUUGGAGACGCAUCCGAAACCAUAGUGAUUGAGCAUGCAAACGAUGGUUCUGGUAUUGGAGCUGCUCUGUUGGCUGCUUCUCAUUCCCAGUACCUUGACUCUGCAUCUCCUUGAACUCGGUUGAGUUUUCAGUAAAAGAAAAAAAACAUUUUAAUUAUUCGUCGUCCAUCGAAGUGAGGUGAGUUUCAUCGUUAAACCGGUUAGGGUUUGAAAUGGAGCAAAUGCUGCAUUGGUUUGGCUUAUUCUCCCAUUGCUAAGAGAAGUGUAGUUUGUAGUUGUAAUGGGGAAAGCCAUUUUAUUGAUUGUGAAAGAUGCAUUCACAGGAUUAAGUUAAUUAAUUAUAUUAAUAAGUGGAUUAUGUUUGGUUCUCAAAGAUGUUUUUUUUGCUGGAAAUAUCUUCAUUCCGGCCUUCAAAUUUCUCUUAUUAAUAAAAAGUUAAGUUAUUUCAUUGCA